AUGCCGCCGAAACACGACAGCUGCUGUUCAUGUUGCUCAGGCUUCAUAAUAACCACGGGCCUAACCGCUCUCUUUAUAUGGCUAAGCAUCCGAGUAGACGAACCCAAAUGUUACCUCGACUACAUUUACGUUCCUGCCCUCAACAAAACCCUCAAUUCCACUUCAAACUCCACCUUCCUCUUCACUCUAAAACUCGUCAACCCCAACAAAGACAAAGGUAUCCAAUACGACGCCGUUCAGCUCCGUUUCGGUCUUUUCAAAGAUCUCAACACUACUCGCUCACUCGGUAACGCUACUGUUGGGAGAUUCUAUCAGGGGCAUGAGAAAACGGCUAAGAAGCCCGGCUUGGUGGUGGUGAACGGCGUUGGGAAUUUGACGGAGAGGGUUAACGGGAAGGUUUAUUUCCGGGUGGAUUUUGUGACGGCGGUGAAGUAUAAGAUCUUGCUGUGGUAUACGAAACGGGAUCAGUUAUGGGGAGGGGCAAAUUUGGAAAUUGGAGAUUUGGGGGAGAAAGUGGGGAAGAAAGGUGUUAGACUUGGGAACUCGCCGGUGAUGAUUGAGUCCGGCGCAUUGAAGCUGUACGGAGGCUAUCGUGCGCUUCUGAUAUUUUUGGUUGGGUGUACUGCGCUUGGGUUUACUUGA